AAAACACUUGCCCGGAAGGAAAAUGGCGGCGUCGGCUUCACCCCACUCCCGCCCCCGAGGCUUUGCCUGGCGGUGCGCGGGGGGCGAAAGAAGCCGAGCGGGGCCCCCGGCGAGGACCGGAACGGCGGGGAUGGCGGCCUAGAGGCCUGGCGGGGCAGCAGAGGACCAGCUGCUUUCCUGGUGGUGGUUCCAGCCUCCUGCUGCCGGCGUUUGGGGCUCCAUUAUGACAAAAGUUCCAGCCUUGUGAGCUCAGAAUGCUUGUGCUGACUGCAGCCCCUCGCUUCGGACCCCGGGACCAUGGCUGAGAAGGGCCUCAGGAGAGCACUGAGCUCUUCCCUCCACAGCGAUGAUCUCUUAAGCGACAUGGAGCUGCUGCCAGCCUCGGACCCCCCCACCCCUGGGCAGCAGGUGCCCUCUUCUCAGCUGGCCACCCCUUAUACCUCCAAAGUCACCACCCAGCUCUACGCCUCUCUUCACCAGAGCCGGCAAGCCGAGGCUCUGGCCUCUUCUCGGCUCGAGGGACAGCACGGCUCGGCCCUGGCUAGGAAAGCCAUGGAGGCCGACGUUGAUCUCGACACUCUGGCGGAAGAGCUAAGCCAUCGGCUUUCCGCCGGCGUGGAGGCCAGCACAUUUAGGCAGGCCGCCGUGGCCGAGUCCCGCCACAUUUCGGAGAUGGAGAACGUCCGGUGCCACCUGCAGAGUAUGCUGCGGGGAUCCAGAGAUGGGCCUGGGGGUCCGGCGAUCACGCUCGAGUCCUUGGAACGCAAAGAUGACGAUUCCUUUGAGAGUGACAGCACGAGUGCCUUGCUCAACGCCCGUCCUCUGCACGAAGUCUCCCCUCCGGGAUCCCUGGCCAGCUUCGAGGAUCUCUUCCCCCGCUACACCAGCCUGCGCCUGGGUCACUUCCACGAUCAAGUCUCCCAACUGGAUCCCCGCUUGCUAAAAGACGCUUUGGAGAAAGAACAGGCCCGGCGGAAACAUUGCGAGCGGCACAUCCAGGUCCUCCAGAACCGCAUCCUGGAACUGCAGCAACAGCUGGCGGUGGCCAUCUCGGCCGACAAGAGGAAAGACGGCAUGAUCGAGCAGCUGGAUAAGACUUUGGCUAAAGUUGUGGAAGGCUGGAACCAGCAGCAGGCCGAGCGGACGGUGUCCCUGCGGAGGCUGCAGACCGAGAAGGAGGCUGCCGAGCAGGGGCUGGGGAGGCAGAAGGAGAAAAUGUCGGAGCUGGAAGGGCGACUCCAGCAGGCCUUGUCCUCCCUCAACCGGGAUCAGCAGCUGGCCAGCCAGUACUGCAGGGAGAAAGAGAUCUUGGAGAAGGAAAAGACCACCCUGUCCUACAGCUUAGAGGCCGAACGUGUCCGGGUGCAGAACCUGGAGGCCGAGUGGGAUCUGGAACGGCGCCAGCAGGACGUCCUGCGGGCCACCCUGGAGGAGCAGCAGAGGAGCUGGGCCCAGCGGGAGAAAGAGCUGGAAGAGCGGCACCAGACCCUGCAGGAGGAGAGCCGGCUUCACCUCGAGAAGGAGAAGAUGGUGGCCCAGCGGGAAGCUCAGAAGGCCCUGGAUGCCCAACAGGUCCUGUCUACGGCGCAGGCAGAAAUGCAAGGCCUGCAGGCCGACCUGGAGGCCGUGCGGCGCGAGAGAGACACCUUGAAGAUGGAGAUGAGCUUGCUGAAGGCCCGUUUCGAGACCCAGAAGGCCAAGCUGGAGUCGGAGCUGAAGGUGGCCUUAGAACAGCGGGUGACGGAGCGGCUGGCCGAGGUUCACGAGGACAGCUUGCGCCAAAUGACCGCUGUGCGAGAACAACACAGGAAGCAGUUGCUGGACCUAAGCAGCCACCACGAGAAAGAGUUGGCGAAACAGCUGGCUCAGUUCAAAUUAGAUCUAGCUGAGAAGGAGGCGCAGCAGAAGCACCUCACUGAGGACUACGAACAUAGGCUCUCCAAGCAGCGGGAAGACCUGCGGGAGUUCAAGGCCAGGUACCGGCGCCUGGAGGCUCAGCGGGCCGAGAUGGUCAGCCAGUUCCAGGCCAUGAUGCAAUCCCACUGGAACGAGGCCCUCCGGCUCUUCGCCAUCGGCCGCCCUUCCCUCCAGCCCUCGCCGAAAGCCCCGCACCAGGAGGCUGAAGUAGACCCCGACUCUGAGUCGGGAUUUCUGCCCCCCUCCGACCCGCACAAGAAGACCCUAAAAGGGGAGACUCUCUGCGGCAAUGCCCGCAUGGGCGACUGCAAGGAGCCGGCGUGGGACAAGGUGGGGCCGCUGCAGCCCAUCCUCCAUCAGCAGAUCAAAUUGCAGGGGGGCUCGGAAGGACCCGAAAAAUGUCUCCGGGAGCCUCCCCGGCAGUUUCUGCCUCUAGUGCCGGACGUGGGGCGCCUCUCCUCCGAAUUCAGCCACAUUCUCAACUCCAGCCUCCUCAGCCAGCAGGGCUUCCAGCAGCUGGACCCCCAGGUGGACACCACCAUCGCCGGAUCAGGUUUGAAUUUCCACCCGGAAAACCUGGCCGAACACCCCUUUGCGGAUGAGAGGGACGACUCCAGCCCCGAGUUGGCAGGGAACGAAAGCGAGGUCACUCAGCCCAGCUCCGGGGAGGGUGGGGUGCAGGGGCUCCAGCCGGACUUAAACUACUACAUGCGCCUGCUUCUGAGCCACUCGGACUUUGAAAGAAGCGCCCCGCAGCAGGAGUUGUGUGCCACGGACAGCCCACCCCGUGCCACGAAUCGGACACAAACCGGCAACGCCCAGUCUUACCACGAACGGUCCACGGCCCUCUGGGACCCGGCCCAGCCCUCUUUCAGCACCAUCCGCAUCCAGCCGCCCAGCAGCGCCGCCGUCCACAAAACCAAAGUCCCUCUGCCCAAAUCUGGACCUGUCUGCUUAAGCCUGGAACCGGUCAGCCCCUCCAAACAGCAAAAUGUUGCCCACGAGGAAGGCAUCCUGUCUCCCAACCAUGUGGCAGCCGUCUCCCUUCUGCUGAAGCAGUACCAGGCCAAGGGGAGACCCGUCCCCUCCACCGAAGAGCUGUAUAAAUACUUGCACAGGAUAGGGCAGAACGGGCCAGAAACCAAAGGGGACGGGAACCUGCCAGCCCGCCGGAACCUGGAUCCUAAAUUGUCCGAAUCGAUGAGGAAAGAGGGCCCUCCCAGCCGGCGGUCAGCCAGCUCAGGGCCUGGUCGGGAGAAGUCCCAUGGUCCUGGGAAGACGGGGAAGAAGCUCUCCGGGUCGCUGGCCUCCCACUCUCGCAGCAGCAGUAGCAGCCGGGGAGGAAGCGUGUGGAGAUAGCAUCUUGGCAACUGGGCCAUUUCUCUCCGUCCCUCUUUCCUCUUUUGUCCGCUGAAUCGACGCAGGUGGACGACGGCCCCGGUUUUGCUUUCUACUGCAGCUAGGAAUCUAAAAUACUGCCGAGAACGGAAGUUCGUGUUGUUUGAAGCCUUCGCUCUGGCAAAGAAUUCAGAAACGGAGGGGUCAUUUUCUGGAUAACGGAGAACAGAUGCUGCCAGACCCUUGGGACACCCACUUCUCGGGAUCUCUGACUCUCAUCCGUCGGGAUUUCUCUUCUUGAGGUCCAUCUCUGCUCUCCAUUUGCAGAAGGAAUCUGGCCGAAGUCUCCAAACGUAGCCACUUAAGACUUGUGGACUCCAACUCCCAGAAUUCCCCCCAGCCAGCUCUCCCCCCCCUUUGCUGAAAUCAAGAUAUAUAACAUCGACCGCAUACCCGCUAUCUAUUAAGAAAAUUAUCCCAUGGGCAAAAAAAAUCCCACAAUAAAGGCAGUUUAGUAGCCACAUUUGUUUCUUAUCCAUGCUGAAUUCUGGUAAAAGGCUGGCUGGGGAAUUCUGGGAAGUUGAAGUCCCGGAAGUCUUAAAUUUGGAGUCUUCCGUUUCACAGCUUUUUCUUAGUGUCAGGUUACAAGGAUGCCUUUGCAACCUUCUCCAUAACCAACCUGCGUUUCUUUCCCGGCUUAUUUCAAGCGCAUCCUAAACCUGAAUUUGCCGUGUUUACUUCUGGAUGCACCGCAGUUUUAGGAACGCCCGGCUUGGCUUUAUACGUUUGCUCUUUUUUGCAGAGUUCAUUAUUUUUGUAAAAAGGUUAUUUUUUAAAUAAAUGACAUUGUGAGUUGUUUUUAAGCAAA